UAAGCUUCGAUGCGUUCGGUUGUAUUUUUGUCGCAAUCGGUUGGGCAAGCUCUGCCCCCGUCCCUGUUCCAGUCUUAAACUCGUAACGCCUGCGCGUAUAUUUAAAACGGUUGAAAAUCAUGCGAAAUAGUAAAAAACGUUUACAAAACAAAACAAAAACAACACACAAUUGUUAAAUAAUAGAUACACAAUAGAUGUGUUGCAGGUGUAAAGUGUGCACAGGUGUUUAAGUGCUCAAUUCGAAUUGGAUUAACGCUAAGGAACUUAAAGGUUUGUGCUUAACAUUUUUUUAGUUUUUGCCUGAACAAUGCGCCAAUCACAUCUGAGCUCAUCAUUGGCUACACACGCAUAAAAAAAAGUGCCUUCGAUAAUAACUCAAUCAGCUCAGCUCACGUAUCGGAAACUGUAGUUCGUGUCAUUCGGCAGAAGUAGCCGAAAAGUUGUCGUGCAAACAAAUACUCGAAACGCUAUCUAAGUCCAGCUGAAGAAAAAGAAAAAAAAAACCGUCGAGAAGCUGAAAGCCGACAAACAGUUGGCUCGUUUAUCGUGUUGGCAUUUAAUUUAGUUGGUUACGUGGCCGGAGAUUCGUGUGGCCGCCGAAAAGAAAGUCACGACAUUAUCCAAAGCCGUUCAAAACAAGAUUUCCAAGAUUCUGCGCCGAAAGUCAAAGUUACAAGUUUACAUUUUGGCCCGGUUCAACGUCUUUGAGCGCCAGUCUCUGUGUGUGUGUGUGUGCCAGUGUGUGUGCGUGCGUGUUUGUGCCACUUUGGAAAGUGAAAAUCGAGUGCAGUCCCAUUCCGGCAGACCUGGCUCUGGGCGCUGCAGCUGAAAGUGAAUUUGCCGCGAUCUUCAAUUCCCAGUAGCUGCAGACUGAAGCUACUUGGCAUUGCCCAUACUCCAACCAAUUCAUCGAUAGAGCCGUAGUCGAAUUUGAGUCCACGUCCGACCGGGCGUACACAGAAGCCCAACAAUGGAGGCCGAAGAAAUUACAAAACUCGUUGAUGGCGUUUAUAGGAAUAUACUCGAUAGAUUUAAUCCGGGUGCCAGGCAGCUAAUUGCGGCGGGCAAAAGUUACCUGAAGGCGUUGCAUGGUGCCGCAACUGCCUCGCGUCUAUUCAAUGAAGCAUUGGCCAAGAUUGCAAUGAACGCGCAACAAAGCGGAACAGGCGAUAUUGGUUCGGCUUUGAUGAGCGUUGUUAAUGUUAACAAGGAGAUACAGGAGCAACAGAUGAAUAUUCUGAAAGCCUUCUACGUUGAUCUAUUGGUGCCAUUGGAGACAAAUUUGGAGAAGGACACAAAAGUCGUGCAGCAUGAGCAAAAGAAGUUUAUGCAGCAGCACAAAGUGCGCAUGGAGAGCUACCAGAAGGCCGUUUCCACAAUGAAAAAGCAGCGCAAGAAAAAGGCCACGCCCGAGAAUACCGAAAAGGAGCUGAGAAGCCUGCAACUGUUGGAGGAUCAAAAGAAAAAACUCGACAUAUUCUGUGAUCAGAGCUAUAAGAAUGCCAUGACACAGGAGCGUCGUCGCUAUGGUUUCGUCUUGGAGCGCCAGUGCUCGAUCGCCAAGCACUGGAUGGCCUACCAUGCCACCGGCAAAACGGUAAUUGAUAAUAAUUUCGAAAAUUGGCAAGAGAUUGCCGCUUCUCGUGAGAUAAUUCCGCCGGCCGCAUACGAAAGCGGCUACAGCAGCAGCAACAGCAACACAAGACGCCUGGAGCGCAUCAAAGACGCUGACGACGAUCAGAUCCAGGGCCAAGGCCUGGGCCUAGGCCUGGGCGCUCAACUAAAGAAGUCGCGCAGCAUCGAUGCGCCGUACGGCGACAUGCGGACUCUGCACGAGCGUGAAGGUCUCUCCGGUGUCUCCGGAUCGGCGCACUAUGCACAGAACUCGCUGCCACGUGCCAAAUCCGAUUUCAAUCUGGCGCUGGUCGGCGCAGGACCCAAACACAAAAUCAUUGAGGAGCAGCUGGUGCAUGGCGAGGUCGAGCGCGGGGAUCAGCGUCCGCUGGUCAAGGCGCUCUAUGCGUAUAUGCCAUCCGGCGAGAAUCAGCUGUCCUUUGAGGAGGGCGACCGCAUUGCGCUUGUGGGCGCCAAGGCCAAGGGCUGGCAGUUCGGUGAGAAUCUGCGCACGCAGCACUUCGGCUGGUUCCCCGUCGCGUACACCAACGCGGAGAGCCUGGAGCUGGCGCCUUCUGCCGCUCGACGCUACGAGAACAUGCACAUGAGCUACGAGCGCAACGGCGCCAGCGGACUGCGCAGCUAUCAUGAGCAACAGCAGCAACAGCAGCAGCAAUACGAGGCGCAACUGGAGCUCCUGGAUAGCGAUGCCACCUAUCGGCGACGACGCAAUCAUAGCGCCGAGGAGUCCUCGCCGACGCGCAUGUUCGGCGACACCAUCAAGCAGCAGAAGAAGUACCGCUCCGGCUCCGGGGCCAAUCCGCGUCCCGGUCCGCCACCCACGCUGCCCGCUCCCGUGCCCAAUGCUGGCCAGAGCCAGAGCGCCCGAAUGCUGAACAGCUCGCAGAGCUUCUGUGCCGCCAAUGGGGUGCCAGCUGCCGUGGAAAGGCGCAAGCAGAAGCUGCUAAAUGGAGCACAGAGCUCCAUGAGUCAACCGUCCACAAAGUCCGCGGCGGCGGCAAAGACCUCGCUGCACAGCAGCAACGACAGCGGCUUCGCCAAUGAGCCACCGCCUCAGCCCGAGGUGGAUUACUCCGACGAGGAGCCAGCCACACAACGUGUGCCCAUACGACGACGCGCGGACACCAAUACACAUACGGUGCCGCGGGAUGUGGCCUCCUGGACGCUGAGUCGCAAUUUCCGGAACAGCGUGGACAGCCAGAUCGAUGACAAGAGCCUGAACCGGCUGAGCCGGCAGAGCGGUGGUGUUGGGGGCAAGAUGCGCUAUGAUUUAAUUGCCUCGGACGAUGAGAUUCUGCAGGCCUCCAGUGCGGGCCUGAAGCGCACCAAAUCCUUCUGGAAGUUUGGCGGCGGCCGCAGCGGCGAGGACAUCCUGGCCGGCAUGUCGCUCUGGCAGCAUCGCGAUCUGGUCGCAGCGCCCAAUAUGGAGGAGAUGCGCGACGAGCCACGCUCCGACGAGGAUCGGGAGCGCAAUAGUCACAGCAACGGAAAUGGCACACUGACCAAGUCUCACAACUCCAGCUCCUCGCAGGAGAAGCGUGGACGCAAGGACAGCAUAACUAGCACCGAACUCUAUGGCGACGACGAUGACAACAUCUAUGGCGUAAGUCCGGCCAUGCCGCCACAGAAGAAGCAGCCGCAACAGCAGCAACAGCAGCAGCAGCCGUCGUCGCAGCAGCAGCAGCAGCAGAGGAGCAGCGGGUAUACGCCCAAGUCGCGCAUGAAGAUCAUGAAGACCAUUGAGAUUGAUAUUGAAGAGCCCUCAGAGAGCGAACGACUGAGCACCAUGCGUCGCGGCCAGACGCAGCAUCAGCAGUCGGACUAUGUCCAUGGACAUCGUAAGCUGGACAAGCAAGGUUCGGGCUCCGCCUCAAUGUCCUCUUCGACGCCGCAGCACAAGACACAGACGCUCAGCCGCUCCAAGCCGGCACAGCAGCAACUGCAGCAGCAGCAGCAGUUCCCAAACUCCACGGAUGAGGGGGAGAGCGAUGAGCAUGGAACGCUCAAAAUGAGCGAUGUCAACAACUUCUUUGAUGACAUGCAGCAUGAUGGAGGUGGCAAUUCUGGCAAUGGCGCCGGAGGUGGCAAUCAUGGCCUGGUCAUGAAGACGCUCAAGCGCAAGGACAUACUCAAGCAAUACUACACCAGCGAGGAUGAGUCCGAGGCCGAGCUCAAGUCAACUAGCUCCGAUCCCUAUGACUGCAUCGUGAUCAAUGAUCAUCUGGUGCGCAAGGACGACAAACUGAGACGCCAGCACCAUCAGCAGCACCAGCAGCAGCACCAUCAGCAGCAGCAGCAGAUGGAGUUUCACACAUUCCGCUCGUCCACAUCCACAAUGGCGACCAAUACGCUAAAGAAGUCCAACACCAAGGAGCAGGAGAGCACGCUGACCCGCAAUUCUACAGCCAACUCGGCCGGUGCACCAACUGCCACCAUACUGCCACGAACGCGCCUCCUCAAGUCAUCUUCCAGCAGCAGCAACAACAACAACAACAACCACAACAGCAGCAGCGCGACCCUGGAACGUAACUUAAAGGCGCAUGUGGGCAACAAGAGCUACGGUCCGUGGUACGACUUCUGGGAUCAGGAACAGCAUGGCAUCACUGGCCAGAAAACCGCCAGCGCCAAGCUGAAGUGAUCAGAAGCCAGCCAGCGGCAGAGGGUCGGAAAAGUGGGGGGCAGUUGUAGUUUCGCCGUUUUCUUACCAGAGAAGAAAAUGGUCCGAGCGUGCCGGCGAUUGAAGAGAAAGAGAGAGCAUGAGAUGAUUGUGUAGCUUGCAGGGGCAGCCAUAGAACAAAAAUUUAUAUUUUCACAGACAACUUCUACUCUCUCUGAAAAUUAUUAUUUCGUAAAAAAUUUGUUUGAUCAUAGAAAAGAUUUUAUUUAACGCAUUCUUCCAACUAAUUCAAUGUUUUUACGCAAUUUCUCAAGAUCAAACUUAUUUUUUAUGCUGCUUAAAAUUUUUCAAAAAUUUUCGUUUACAUUAGAAGAGAGCUAAAAUAGUUUUUGAGCAACAAUAUUUUUACAAUAGAAAAUAUAUUGAUAACAGAAACUUCUUUGCCGCUAAAUUAAUUCGAUUUUUUCAUGAUUUUAUGAGCAUUUUCUUCAAUCGAAAGCAUCAUUUUUCAUAGUUUAUCUUAUUAAUAUCGGAUAAUUAGCUUGAGAUAAUGGAAUAAUGCACACAGGAAUUUCUCUGUAUUUCAUUUUGUAUGGAAUUGAAAUACGCUCACAUAUCAAACGCUGACUGCUUGCUACAUGAAACCUCACAAUGUGAGAACUUCCAUUUUUGGUGCCUUGCAUAACGCACAGUUUUAAGAUGAACACAAACACAUAUACCAUAUAUACAUAAAUAUACAUACAUAUAUAUAUCUAUAUUUUUUGCUUUAGACAUAAGCUCUUGCAUCAUGUUACAUUCUCACACAUACACCUCCCCCGAAUAAGUGGAAAUAUUACGAAUAUAUUUUAUAUUUGCAGCAGGCGCGGUAUUUAUCGCAACUAUUCCAUAGGCUACUGAAAGCUAGACACUAAUUACAACCACCCCGUAGAAGUAUUCUAUAGUCCACACAAGUUCCACUGUAUAAUCGAAUGCGUAUGUAAAAAGCUGUCAUACCCUUGUCCUGUAAAUUGUAUAAAGUUGCUAUAAAAAUGCGUAUCGCCUCUCAAUUUGCCACAAUCAAGUUGCGGCACACAAAGACCAACGAUCGCUCGGCUCCGAUGAUCUACCGGAGCGUCAACAAGUAGCAACGACUGCGCAAGGUGGAGUUUUUGUUAUGACCGUGCGACAAGGCCUACUGAAAACUUCAGCUACACAAACACAGCCCUAAGCCUUACCACAAAAUUAACCCAAAUAUAACCCUUAUCUUUUAAAAAGAGCUAACGGUUCUGCUCUGUCAUGCCCGACAAGCUGGAACUCGAAGGACCAGUUGUUGACCAGGAUUCUUGGUAGUCAUUAAGUUGUAUUGAUUGUUAAAAAAAUUAUGUAUGUUAAUGAUCGAAAAAUGUAAAUUCAAAUAUUAUGCCGAAUAAAGUAAAAUAUGAAAAUCAGUUCCAUA